AUGAACAACGAAAUUUAUGAAAUGUCCAACCAAAAUGAAAGCUCUAAUUUCUCUUUAUUGACACAUUCACCUUCCCCUUCUUCCAGCAUUCUAGUAAAGAGAAUAUCCCAGCAAGGAAUUACUGAAGAAAGCAAAGAGACAGUCAUUACCAAUUUUAAUAAUGGUUCUUAUCUCGGGGUUAGGUCCAUUAUAAUUAGCAAUGAGGAUUUCACCCCCAACUUACCUGAAAAUAAAGAAUGGAAAUAUUAUGAGUUAGUUAUAAGCCAAGAAUACCCACGCUGUGGGGUUUGCCAAUGCUUAAUUAAUCAAUAUCGGGAAACAAUUUUCCUUUACGUCCGAACACCAUCUCUUAUUAACAGUCUAAGCACCUAUCUUUUAAAGGAAUGUUUCAAAGAUAAAGAAAAGAAAAAAAAGCCAAUUAAAACUGUGAUAUCAAAGUUGCAUGAAUAUACAGAAGAUAAAAUUAAUCACGAUAUUAGGGUUGCAUGCAAACCUAAGAAACUCACCCUAGAAUUUACUGAUGAUGAUAUAGCAUACUCCCGCCAGGUAAUCAAAAAAGAAAAAGAAAUGGUGGAAGUAUUAAGAUUUAAGUCAGAUUAUAAUAAAGCAGUUCUGCAGAAGAUUAACGGCAGAUUUUUUUUCUGGAGGAGAGUUCCAGAAAUAAAAAAAGAAGAGGAACUGUCGUUAAGAUAUAUCAAAAAAUUUGAGAUUGACCUGUACAAAGAAAUCAAUGGAUUUUCUAGGAUUCUUUUAAUCCAAUACUGGAUAAGAAUAAUUAAUUGGGUAUUAUUGAUUGUUCAAUUUAUUUUGGCUGGCCUAUUACUACGCCAUGUGUCUCUGGGAGGUUUUGGAUGGGGUGCAUGGUCAGUGUUAUCACUGGGUGUGCUCUUUAUACGCCCAAUAAUUGAAAGGAUAUUUUUUAAGAAGCUUGACCCCCAAAUGGUUUCUAUUUACAGGGAAACCUAUUGGUUAAAGCCAUGGAAGGAAAAAAAGAAGAACGGUAACAGUCAAAAUAACGCUGAACAUAACAACCAAAAUAACAUUGAAAGUGGCAACGAACACAUUUAA